AAGCUGGAAAGGCUUGCCAGAUCCGGCAGGUCAAUGAGAACCUUCUGCCCUGGCGCAAAGUCAUUCGGGGGCAUCCUCGCCUCUGAAUGGCCGGCGCGAGUGGAUAUGGGGAUCUGUGCUCUGCUCAUCGUCCUGCUCGGAGGUUUCCUUAAAGAAGCUUCACCAAGCCCUCGAUCUGACGAGAGUUUUCUGAUGGCACCGCUCUGUCCAAGAUGGUCAUCACAUUUGAUAAGGAGAUGUUGAGCUUAGCCCUACCUCCGGCAAUAGCCGUGUUUGUGCCGGUGGUCUUGCUGGCCGGGCUCGCCCUUCUAUUCCAAGCCUGGUCCCGUCCGUUGUUGAACGCAUCGCUUCAUGAGGAGAAUGAAGCCAACGUUGUCGCCAAAGAGUCCGACUUCCCAGCAGACUGGUGGGUUGGGUCCAAUCUCUUCGAACUGGAAAAGCGUGCGAUCUUCAGCAAGAGAUGGCUGUACCUUUCUCACCGGAGCCGAUUUUCCAAAGCGGGCGACUACCAUUCCUACGAAGUGGCCGACAUCCCCAUCUUCCUGAUCUUGGGGAAAGACGGUGUCGUUCGGGCCUUCCACAACGUUUGCCGGCAUAGAGCAUACGCUGUCACGAGAAAGGAGUGCGGUUCUUCUCUGGUCCUUAGAUGCCGUUAUCAUGGCUGGAGUUUUAACACUUACGGGCAACUUGUCAAGGCGCCCCAUUUUGACCACGUACCUGGGUUCGAUAAAUCCCAGAACGACUUGUUUGCAAUCCAUACUACUACAACUAACUCUGGCUUUAUUUUGGUGAAUUUGGAUGCGAGUACGAUAGCGCCACCUCUAGAGACAUGGCCGCUUGAUUCUUUGGCGAGCAGGCACGGUUUGGGUCGACGAUCAAGCUGGGUGGGAGGGCAAACAAUAGAGGGACAGUUUAACUGGAAAAUGUGUUUGCGGCCUAGGAAGUUCCUCGGUGGUGAAGCGUGGGAACACGCACCCCCCAAGAGAUCGUACAUGUUACUGCUCUCGAGACUAUUCAAUAAAAUACCAAACUACCCAGAGGACAUUAUAGUCUUUCCAUUCACCACUAUUCACACCCUAAAACGCACAACAUACUGGUACUCGUUGAGCUUUAUUCCCAUAUCCGAGAAAAGAACCUCGAUCCGGUUCGACUUGCAUUGUACCAGAGACUCCAGCAGCCCCAACCAUCUCAUCAUAUUAGAGGGACUGAUUGGCCUGGUUAACAAAAGCAGUCGGGCACUGGAAGCUGAAUACCAAUCCUAUACAGAUGAUUCAAAAUCCGCAACAGCCGUUUCAGCAUUCGACACAAGUACCGAAAAUACACAAAAGGAAAUCCUGGGUCUCCUCCAAGCCCACGCCAAGCUCGAGAAGCAACAGGGCACGGAAGUGUUUCCCGCCAUGAGACAACCCCGGCAAAACGCAAGAUAUGAACAGGCUGAGCAACUCUGCAAAGAACUCGACUGCCAAGACGCCUUGAAUCGGCAGAGCCUAGCGUGGUGAGAUGAGGUGAGGUGAGUAUCUGGUGCACAUGUCCAUGG